AGUAGACGCGUUUAGCCAGCAAGCUACAGGGGGGUAGCACUAGCCAAGUCUACUUUGCUGUUUGCCGGUGUGACAGUUAGCCGGCAGGCUAUCAAGGUGCAUACUUCAGCAGAUUUGACAUCUGCACAACAAGAAUCCGACACAGUCAUAGGUGGGUUUUCCUCCAGGGUGACGCAGGUUUGGAGAGAUGGCAGACACAGGGAGCAGGAGCCCCCCUCCCCAGACAGGGCCGGUGCAAUUUAUGCUGAGCAACAAGGUGGAAACAGCGAUGUGGCUCUCUCGCCUCUUCACGGUCUACUGCUCUGUGCUGUUCAUUCUUCCCCUGCUGGGGCUGCUGGAGGCUGCGAAUUUUUACCAGCGUGCCUUGCUGGCCAACGCCCUGACCAGCGCCCUGCGGCUGCACCAGCGGCUCCCGCACUUUCAGCUGAGCCGAGCCUUCCUCUCCCAGGCCCUGCAGGAGGACAGCUGCCACUACCUGCUCUACUCCCUCAUCCUGGUCAACUCCUACCCCAUCACCAUGGGUAUCUUCCCUGUGUUCCUUUUCUCCCUGCUCCAUGCCAACACCUACACCAAGAAGGUCCUCGAUACAAUGGGUCCCAACAGCUUGGGUUUUGUGAGGAACUUACUUGACAAGCUUACGGCCAACCAGCAGAACAUCCUGAAGUUCAUCGCGUGCAAUGAGAUAUUCCUCAUGCCAGCCACAGUGUUCCUGCUCUUCAGCGGUCAAGGAAGCCUGCUGCAGCCAUUCAUUUACUACCGGUUCCUCACCCUCCGCUACACCUCCCGGAGAAACCCCUACUGCCGCACUCUGUUCACCGAGCUGCGGGUCCUCGUGGAGCACCUCAUCAUGAAGCCGUCGUGCCCGGCCUUCUUCAGGAGGAUGUGUCUCAACAGCAUCGCCUUCAUCAGCCGCCUGGCCCCCACGGGGGUGUGAGCUCUCCCCACCCGGGGGAGGGGGCCCACGCCACGCGGGAGUCGCCCCAGAGGGACUGACCAGCAACAGGGAAAGCCCAGCCGGCCGUUUCCCCCCAGGGUUUCCAAAGGCUGCCUAUCCAUGCGCUAGAGUGUGAGGCCUCGACCUCACCGUGCGCUGAGAACCUUGACCAGACUGCCCACCAUUUUGAACCCACCCCCCCCUAUCAUUAAUACUACACAUCCUACACUGGCAGCGCUCAGCAACCCUUACAAGCGUUUGAGGUUCGACACCACAGAGACAAGUCCACCAAGCGUUGACAGGGGUGUCUUUGUGGGGUUUUCGCUUUGUGUUGUUUUUGCCAACCAACCACUCAAGUAAUUUUUCUUCCAGAGUUUGGCAUUAAGGUAAUUUACAGUUGUUUCAGGUGCACGGUUCCAACAAUCAGUUUAUUUGUGUAUUAUUACACUGUACUUAUCAAGGUGCAAAAGAACCUUGGAUUUAGCUUGUGAAUCACCAAUAGUGUGCACUAAAAUGUACACACACUACAUGUAUACAGUUUGGAAGCUUUCAUUGCAGUAUAUCCAUUUUAUGUUCAGUUGUUUUCUCACAAGGUAGGUGAAGCAUUGUAUGUGGUGUCUAAUUAAACCAAAUUGUCUCAGUACCUGGAUAGUCACACAUUUACACUUACAAUGCCUUUUAUCUGAAAUUUGUCAAAUUAUCAAAUAUAUUGUGAAUAUGAAUAUUAGGAGGUCCCCUGUUUUAAGUCUGCUCAUUCUCGAUAGCAGUUGUUUAAAAUAUUUCCCUUAAUUGAGGUUUAAUGGACAAGAUUUCAACAAUGCUCUUUAUAGAAAUUGAGAAAAGAUGUUUUGUACUGCCAUGACUCAGUUGUCAUCUCAUAUAUAUGAAUAUCUUGAGAUCUGCAAGAUACAAACUCACACAAAUCAGUACUAAUGUGAAACCUUAACCUUUGCUUAACAAGGAAUUAGUGGUAUAUUCAUUGUGGGAAUGCCAUCAUUUGUCAUUUUAUGUUUUUAGUUUAGCCAUUGACAACUAUGUAUGUCAAAAUCGGAAAAAAAUGUACAUGUUGUAAAACUCAGACAGGGUUUUUCAAAUAGCGGUCCAGGAACCACUCUGGGUGGGGGAGGGGAGCUUUGAACAAUACAAAGAAGGAAC